AUGGAACCAAGACUUCCUCAAUACACUUAAUUUUUUAUAGUGAUAAAUAAUUUAGUAAAUGAGAAGGUAAUUGAUAAAAAAUAAAAAACUGAAUUAGAAUAAAGUAUUUUAAGAAAAGAUAAAAACAUAAUGGAGAUUGUUAGCAAAUAUGGAAAUAAAGAUAUGUAAAAUAAAAACAGAGUAUGAAUUAUAGGGAAUAAUAAUUUUGCGAAAAAUUAGUUUAGUAUGCCAAUCAAAGAUAAAAGGAUACCUUUGUGCCUCAUAUAAAACAUUUAGAAAAAAAUAAAAGUAACAAAUUUAGCGUAAGUGCUCGUUAAAUUUCAUUUUAACAAGAAGAUCCUAUAGUCGAAAACAAAUAAGAAGUAUCAUAUAUGUAAAAUUAAGUCAUUAUCUCCUUUCAUUUUGCAACUAAUAGAAUAAUUAGACACAAUGCUAUCUAUACAUAUGACAAAUGGAGGACGAUUUGUUCCAACAGAUGUCGAAAAAUUAACUUAAUUAAGGGAUUAAAUCAACAAAUAUUUAGGGAUUUAAUAUGAAUAAGAAUUAGAUAAUGAAUCGCCAGUAAGAUGCAGAAAUAUUAGUGUUUGUGGUAGAGUAAUUUCAGAGUAAUAAGAUGAUAAAUCAGAUUAAGUUGAUACUAGUGUUCAGUUAAAAAGUAAAUAUCAUCUUCAAAUAAUCAGUUAAAUUAAAUAAACUUAUGUUUAAUUAAAAGUAUAAAAAUUACAAUUAUUAUAGAGUCUAUUUUUGGGAAGUCUACAUACACAUUAUUUAUUAAUGUAGGAAGAAUUAUCAUACAAUAAUCUAGUGAAUGUAGUUAAAUCGAUUAUUAAAGAAUUAACUGAUUCAGACGAAAUAUACUUUCUGAUUAAAAGAAAUGAUGAAUGGGAUUUCUAUUCUACAGAAAAAGAUUCAAUCAAAUAAAUAGAGAAAUAUAAGUAAUAAGUAUUUUUCUUAAAUUUUUCACAUCUUAAACCUAACAUUGUUUAUAACUUUUAAAAUAAUGAAAAGUAAACCAAAUAAUUAGAAUUGGUAUUGGAUUUAAAUUCUUAGUUUACUGAAUUAUCUAUUAUAAGAUUCAUUAAUUAGAAUAAAUAAGAGACUUUUUUCUUCUUCUAUUGGAAUAAACCAGGUAGAAAUAAAUUGUUAAGAAGAUUUAUAAAGUACAAUAUAUGAUUUAAUAAAAGUGAAGCUAAUGAAUAUGGAUUCAAGGAUGAAGUCUUGUCUUUAACCAAUUUUUUGAUUGAUGUAAUUAUGUAAGCAAGAGUACAAUACUUUAAUCCAGUGUAGUUUGCAGAUUAAAUUUUAGAUAUAGCUUUAAGUUUUGUUGAAUCAUCCCAAUAUAUCUUAAUUGAUGAAAUGUUUAGGGCUUUGGAUCCUCAUUUUAAAAUUAAGAAAGAUUAUGCUUUUUCUGAGGAUGGAAGAUAAAAGAUUGAUAUGGAUAAUUCUGUAAGAAUUGAAAUGGAAUGCAGAAAUCCAAUUGCUUUAAUUUUGGAAGAGUUUUAUCUAAAUAGAUAAGAUCAUUAAUAUAUUUAUACAGAAAUAUUAAAUUUGAAAUCUAAAUAUUAGAGACAUUUGAGAUUAUGUCAUGAGAAAACAGCUUAUUAUAAGUAUUUUUUAAGAUCUUCAGAUACUAUUCUAUUUGAUUUUGAUAAAAAUGGAAGAUUAUUAUUUUUGAAUCAUUAUAUUUGGGAAACUUUAAAAUAAAAAUACAAUAUUUAAUUUUCUCCAGAUAAAAAGACUCCAAAUUACAAAGAGUUGUUUAUGGAUGAAAGGAUUUUAAAGUAUAUAGAUCUGGAUGAAUUUAUGAUGAAAAAGAAGAAUGAAUACAUUUAACAUGAGGAUUUUGAAAUAUUUUUAAAGGUUGUUGAUCAAGUUUACAAAGGAUUUGUGAUAAUAUUUCAUUUAUAAGAAGGAUCUAGAAUGAAGGAUUACAUAAAGAACUUGAAAAAUGAAGAGUAAUUAGAAGAUGAAAUCAAAUAAUCGAUUCAACGUUCAUAUAAUAAACAUUAAACAUUCAAAUUCAUAUCUUAAUUACAAAAGUCAAAUCCAAGUGUUAAAAAUUCUUAUAUUUCUUUAUUUAUACCAGAAGAGUAAUCUUUAGAUAAUUAAGAAUAAUAAUAAUAAUCAACUAAUUCAUUAUAAACAAUGAAAACAAGAAAGCCUAGAUUAAGUAUCCAAAUGUUGGGUAAGUAAAUCAAAGCCUUUAAUUAUUAAGCAUCUAAGUAGCGUAUAAAAUCUAUAGAGUCAGCAUUAGAAAUAGAAGAAGAUGAUGAUUUGGACACACUAUAUGAGGAUAAAACUAUUGAUAAAUUCGAAUUUAAUAUAUUCUCUGUAAUUAUAUAGUUUUAUUAAUGAAUAGUAUUAGGAAAACAUGAAAGCCAAAUUAGUGUAUCAUAUUAUUAAAAAAAAUGAUUGGAUUGACAAUUAUGAUAUGAAUGAAGAAGUUUUGAUGAAAUUUAUUAAGGAAGUUGAGAGAAAAUAUAAUAAGAGAAAGAAUCCUUUUCAUAAUUUUGAUCAUGGAAUAACUGUAAUGCAUAGUUGUCAUUUCUUAUGUUCAUUGCCAAGAGCACAUGAAUAUUUGAGUGAAAUUGUGCAUUUUGCAACUGUGAUUUCUGGUUUAUGUCAUGAUAUUUCUCAUACAGGAAGAACGAAUCAAUUUGAAAUCAAUAGUAAAAGCAAAUUGGCCACACGAUACUUGGAUAAAAGUGUAAUCUAUUUGAUUUAUAUGUUAGCCUUUAGAAAAUCAUCAUGCAGCAGUUACUUUGAGAUUGUUAAAUUAAGAUAAAUAUAAUAUAUUAACAGGAUUGAGUGUUGAGGAUUUGUAAAUUUUUAGAUAAACACUCAUUGAAAAUAUUUUAUUCACAGAUAUUAAAUAACAUUUUGGUUUAAUCAAAGAUUUUGAGUAAAGAGUGAAAGAAAGUAAAGAAAAUUAAGAUAAAAUGUUUGGUAAGAUGGAUGGAGAUGUUAAAUUAUUUACAGGAAUGAUAGUUCAUACUUCAGAUUUUAGUGGUGCUGCAAAAGUAUUUGAAUUGUCUAAAGCUUGGACAGAGAAAGUCAAUAUGGAAUUUAAAGCUUAAUUCGAUGAAGAAGGAACUCGUUAAAUUACUUAAACUCCAUUUAUGAAAGACUUAGACAAACAAGAAAUAAUGGCAAAAAAUGAAAUGGGUUUUUUCAAAGUUAUUGUUAGACCGUUAUGGGCUAGUUUAAAUGAGUUUUAUGUAAUUUUAUGCAAAUUCAAUAUUUAUAGGAAAAACAAUUGCAGGAUGUUAUUGAUAAUGUAGAAAACACAAUAAUUAAAUGGGAGAAGAUUUAUCAUACAUACAAUGAACAAGAGAAAAAGGAUUGA